UUAUUCAUUUACUUUAUAGUUUUCAUGUAUAAUGAAAAAGACGUGCCCCCGGAGAGAAGGUUUCGUGCCGUUAACAAAGUUCAAAACGCCUUCCGCAACGCUACAUAGACAAACGACGUCGUUACGAACCUGCCACCGACCACCGCCUUCAGCUACGACGGUGAAUCCUUUUCUCUCUCUCUAUUUUUAACAACAUUUGUGUGCAGCCACUCCUAUUUGUAAACCCCUUCUCACGAAUCCCUACAUUCGUGACACCUUGUUCCCUUUGUAUCGCCGAGACCCAACCACCCAACCUAAUUCCAAAAAGACCUAAUUUUUACAGUCGCGAUAGCUACCCAAUAACUUUUUAUAAUCUGGGUCGAACCCAUUUCGAUUUGCAGUUACUGGGUCGGGUAAUCGUGGGUAUUUGGAACGGGGAUCUUAUGGUUGAGAAGAAUGGAAGAAAUUGAAGGGUUGAAUUGUUGUGGUGAAAGUAGGAGCUCUAGUGAGAGUCGACCUCCCAAUCCAAACCCACCAAGCCAAUGCCACAGCACUGAUCCUUUGGUGCGGCCAUGCAAGAAUUCCCUUGUUCGCCACCAUUCUCUUAUGAAAACAAAGUUGUCUGAUGUAUUAGCUGAGCCAGGACAUGUAUCUGAAGAUUUUCUGUCUGAUUUCCUCCCAAUGCUUCGUUCUGGAGCAUGUGCUGAUAUUGGAUUCCGGUCAAGUAUGGAAGAUGUAUAUGUUUGUGCUGACAACUUUAUUGAGGAUUACGGGCUCAAGAACAAUAUAGAUGGACCCAGUGCUUUUUAUGGGGUAUUUGAUGGGCAUGGUGGAAAGCAUGCUGCUGACUUUGCUUGUCAUCAUUUGCCGAAGUUCAUUCUUGAGGUUGAAGAUUUCCCAAGAGAUAUUGAAAGGAUAUUUGCUUCAGCAUUUCUGCAAACAGACAAUGCCUUUGCAGAAGCUUGCUCUCUGGAUGCUGCCCUUGCAUCUGGCACCACUGCAUUGGCUGCUCUUGUUAUUGGAAGGUUGCUAGUGGUGGCAAAUGCUGGAGAUUGUCGAGCAGUGCUGUGCCGUCGUGGAAAAGCAAUUGAAAUGUCAAGAGAUCAUAAACCGAUUUGCAGCAAAGAGAAGAAGCGUAUAGAGGCAUCUGGGGGAUAUGUCUAUGACGGUUAUCUUAAUGGACAACUUAAUGUUGCUCGCGCUCUUGGUGACUGGCACAUGGAAGGAAUGAAAAGCAGAGAUGGUGGACCACUCAGUGCAGAACCUGAACUCAUGACUUCAAAGCUCACUGCUGAGGAUGAAUUUCUCAUCAUGGGUAGCGAUGGGAUUUGGGAAGUAUUUAGGAGCCAAAAUGCAGUGGAUUUUGCUCGGCGCAGGCUUCAGGAGCAUAACAACCCAGUCAUGUGUAGUAAAGAUCUGGUUGAUGAGGCUUUAAAGAGAAAGAGCGGAGACAAUUUAGCUGCUGUUGUGGUUUGCUUCCAGCAGCAGCCUCCACCUAACUUGGUGGCACCGCGCUCUAGAGUACACAGGAGCUUCUCUGCUGAAGGUUUGAAAGAGUUGCAAAGCUUCCUGGACGACUUGGGUAAUUGAGUUGGCACAAGUCCUUUUGGUUCAAUUUUCUUUUUGUAGACCUUUUGGUUCCCUCUUGUUCAAUUUUCCUUUUGUAGUCCUUUUGGUACCUUUUGGUUCAGUUUUCUUUUUGUAGUCCUUUUGGUUCCCUCUUGUUCAAUUUUCCUUUUGGUUACCUCUGAGAAUUAACAUUCAUUUGUAAUUGUAGGUGUAGGCUGAGAGAAAACUUAGACUGUAACAUAUGCGGCAUCUAGUCUACAUUUAAUUUAGUCAUUUGGUCAUUGGCGAUGUAGAGUUACUGGCCCUGCUUCAUUCUUAUUAUGUUUUUGCAUAAACAAAGCCAAUCAAUACGUAGCUUCAGCGCUCGUUUGUGAUUAGAGACUAUGAGGGGCACUAUCAUGUUGGGAUCUCAUCAGGCGUAUCCUUGUGUUUGUAGCUUGGGUGUCUAUUGGGAGAUGAUGUUUA